AUCUACGCGACAACAACAACAGUCGCGUCUGUCUGUCUCUGAGAUGAGUUUCACCGACUUUAAGUUUCGUUUUCCAUGAAAUAGCUCCGUGGAAUAUUUCCAAAUCGGGACGGCCUGAUAAACCUAAGUUUAUCCUCAUGUUCGCCUGUUGCAUGUCCGUGUAAAGAUGACGAGCUUCAUAUUGAGAAGAUUGGCCGCUCUUAGUGCACGUGGUUAGUUCAGUUUGUCCGUUUCACGAAAGUGUUUGAAAAUGUCACGAGGACACAGGAGAAACGGCAUUCCCGACAGGUGGUUAGAUUAUCAAGCUGUGGGGAAACGCCUCCCAGGAUCUCGUUUUAUUGCUUUUAAAGUGCCACUAAAAUUGGAUUUAACCCGCAGACUUGCAAGUUCUGAUGUUUUUGGCCCUUUGGAUCUGCUUGACACUGUCAAAAGGGACAAUCAGGAACUUGGUUUCAUAAUUGAUCUGACGAACACUACACGCUAUUACACACCAGAGGAUAUCCCAGAGUCCCUGCAGUAUGUCAAGAUCUUCACAGCUGGACAUGAAAUUCCCAGUGAGUCAACAAUUCUGAGUUUUAAGCGUGCAGUUCACUGUUUUCUAUGUGAAAAUGCAGAUAAUGACAAAUUGAUUGGAGUCCACUGCACCCAUGGUGUGAAUCGCACUGGUUAUCUCAUCUGUAGAUAUCUAAUAGAUGUGGAUGGAUUGGAUCCUCGUGAGGCCAUUGAAUUGUUUAAUUCUUCCAGAGGCCAUGCCAUAGAGAGACAGAACUAUUUAGAUGAUCUGCUGUCAGGACUCAAGAGGGGUAAUGAAGGCAUUGAGGAAUGUAAGCAGGAGCUAGUUAAAGGCAGUUCCACACAUUGUUCAGCAGUUUCUGAAGCAAACUUCGACAACAUGGAGGAAAGGCCAGGGUAUAGAAGAAAGAGGAAGUACCACCGGGCUGGGGGCCCAAGUAGCAAAAAGCAUUUGGUCUUGCCAUCGCCUUUAGCAUCUGGCCUACUACCAUUACCUAGCGGUGGUCGAUCAGGCUUACUGCCCCCUCCUGGUGGAACAGGCCUACUGCCAUUACCUACCUUCCCCAUGGCUGCCACACAUUUCGGCGCUUAUCGCUGGAGUCCACCUCAAGCAAAUUACCAGUGGCGAGGACCACUUCCCAGGGCGGAGAGUAGAACCCUCCCACCUAACUCUGUGUGGGGGUCCAGCUCUUCUUACAUCCAAAGAGGCAGAGGAGAUGGCCCUUUUUCAUCAAACCAAGCCCCGUAUGCCUCUGGCCAGUGGACCAAGUACUCGGACACCAAUACUUAUGAGACACCUGGAGAGUGGGAUGGCCCCAAAAUGAGAACUCAAAAGGAACACAACCACAGACUCGACUACUAAAACUAUCCUUUGGAUUAUCUCCAACAUAGGCUGUAUUGGGCUUUAUACUUAAUGUACUUUGUACUUAAUUUUUCUCUACAAAUCCAUAUGAUAUUCACAUCUGGCAUAUGAAGAUCUCAAACAAGUGGCCACUGACAAAAUUGUGACUGAUAAAGGGUUGUAUCAGCUUAUACAGAUCUGAUGGUAUAGCAGAUAUUUUUAUUAUAUAGAUUUUUUUUUAACAGUUAAAGGAGAUUCUGAAGUGCCUUGUGGCAAUUUAAAAAACAAAACAAAUGUAGCGUUUACAUUUCCAAGUUAAUUCACAUGUAGUUCUAUUUUAUUAAAAGAAUGUGUUAUUUUAUUUGAACACUUGCAAGCAGACAUUAUUGAGGUUAUCAAUUUUAACGUAAUCAAAUUAAUUGUCCAACAAACUGACAAACUUCUAGACCUUCUGUUUUUAAAAUGUCAAGGCUCCGCUAGUGAUAAUUUAAAGCUUCUCGUGACUCUUGUACAAUAAAGGUGUCUGUAUAUUCUUGCUGCAGAAAAACCUUAUUGUCAAAGAGUCAAACAGCAGAGCACUAUUUUUUUUUUUUUUUACCAAAAUGCAUUACUACAUAGUAUUAGUCCUUACAAAUAAGAUUAGUAAAUCAUAAGCAAAAUUUGGAAAUCCAAAAUAUGUUUAUGUAUACAAGUUAAAAAGGUUAAAGCCACAACAUGUACGGUAACUUAUUUGCCAAAAAUAGACAUAAAUAAAAAAAUGUGUUUAAAUGUA